AUGUCAGAGGGGGCGGGCACAUUCCGCAUGGUCCCUGAAGAGGAACAGGAGCUCCGUGCCCAACUGGAGCGGCUUACAACCAAAGACCAUGGACCUGUCUUUGGCCAGUGCAGCCAGCUGCCCCGCCACACCUUGCAGAAGGCCAAGGACGAGCUGAAUGAGAGGGAGGAGACCCGGGAGGAGGCGGUGCGGGAGCUGCAGGAGCUGGUGCAGGGGGAGGCAGCCUCGGGGCAGGAGCUGGCCGUGGCCGUGGCGGAGAGGGUGCAGGGAAAGGACAGCGCCUUCUUCCUGCGCUUCAUCCGCGCGCGCAAAUUCCACGUGGGCCGAGCCUACGAGCUGCUCAGAGGCUAUGUGAACUUCCGGCUGCAGUACCCAGAGCUCUUCGACAGCCUGUCCCUGGAGGCUGUCCGCUGCACUGUCGAGGCUGGCUACCCUGGUGUCCUCUCCAGUCGGGACAAGUAUGGCCGAGUGGUCAUGCUCUUCAAUAUUGAGAACUGGGACUCUGAAGAAAUCACCUUUGAUGAGAUCUUGCAGGCAUACUGUUUCAUCCUGGAGAAACUACUGGAGAAUGAGGAAACUCAAAUUAAUGGCUUUUGCAUCAUUGAGAACUUCAAGGGCUUUACCAUGCAGCAGGCUGCCGGACUUCGGGCUUCAGAUCUCAGGAAGAUGGUGGACAUGCUCCAGGAUUCCUUCCCAGCCCGGUUCAAAGCCAUCCACUUCAUCCACCAGCCGUGGUACUUCACCACGACCUACAACGUGGUCAAGCCCUUCUUGAAGAGCAAAUUGCUCCAGAGGGUCUUUGUCCAUGGAGAAGACCUCUCCAGCUUCUACCAGGAGUUCAACGAGGACAUCCUGCCCUCCGACUUUGGGGGCACACUGCCCAAGUAUGACGGCAAAGUCGUUGCUGAACAGCUGUUUGGUCCCCGGGCCCAAGAUGAGAACACAGCCUUCUGA